GAAGUACUUAAGAAAUGAAAAACAGUAAAAACCUUGGUAUCCCAUUCUUCAACUUCUCCAUCAUCACACGAUCACUGUAAACCCAGAAAAUGAAAAGCGAAACCCAACAAGUAUCAUCUAAAGACAAAAACGGAGAAGAAAAGCAUGGCAUCUCAGAAAAGUCAUAUUCACCUCCUCUCAGUCCUCUAAUAUUCCCCCAAACCCAUAACAAGCACUCCCCAUCUCCAUCUUCAUCACCCUUACACGAUUCAUCUCCAAGUCAUGAAGAAAUCUACCACACCAAUGAGUUCAGACUCACACCACCGGAGGAGCAGACCCACCACCACUCUAAGUUUGCGCCGCCACCGGCCGUGGCGGCCCAAACGAAAGACCAAGAGGGGGGGGGAGAGGCUCAAGAAGGAGUAGAUAGGAAAACUUUGAGACCCUCUUUGUCGAUAUUGAAGAGGGCGAGAAGGCAAAGCUUGGUGAGGAGGGCUAUGUUGGGGUUAAGGAUUUCGGGAAUUUUGUUUUGUAUGAUCUCUUUCUCGGUUAUGGCGGCGGACAAGAAGCAGGGUUGGGCUUCAGAUUCUUUCUCUAACUACAAGGAGUUCAGGUACUGCUUGGCAGUGAAUGUGCUAGGUUUUGUGUAUUCAGGGAUUCAAACCUAUGAUUUAGUGUAUUACUUCACCACGGGAAAACAUGUAGUACAGCACCAUCUCCGUUACUACUUCGAUUUCUUGAUGGAUCAGAUUUUGACCUACCUUGUGAUAUCGGCAUCUUCAUCGGCGGCGACUCGGGUGGAAGAUUGGGAGUCGAAUUGGGGCAAAGACAAGUUCCCUGAUAUGGCACGAGCGUCUGUGGCAUUGUCCUUCCUUGCCUUCUUUGCAUUUGCCUCUAGCUCUCUCAUUUCUGGUUACACCCUCUGUACUCUGAAAUCUAUGUAGAUCAUUUUCUACGUGUACCACGGUCAACUUUUAACUCCAUAAAUUUUCUCUGUGUAAAUCAUAAAAUUUGUGAACUACCAUCCAUCAUUCUUUCUUUCCAAUUUUGAUGAGUAUUUGUGAAUAAAGUGACAUAUUAUACGAACCGUUUCAUUAUAACUUGUAUGAAUGUUACCUCGUUAUGGAUGAUUUACUCC